AUGUCGUCUUGGGACCUCCUCGACGAGAGGGAGGAGCAGGAACUGCACAAAAUUCGCCUCCUUAACGUGGAAGAAAAACCAUUCAAGCGAAUCACCAAACGCAUCGCCACCAUCACAGCCCUCGCCAGAGAACGCCCCCGGCAACAAGCAACCCCACCACCCGACGGCCCCAACGGCAACGAUGCCGCCGCCGCCGCCGACCCCCAGUCGCACCCCGACAUAAGCUCGGAGCGCUCACAGCUCAAAGAAGACGUAAAGCUCGACUUCGCCGCCUUCGACAGCAGCAUCGCGCGGCUCCAAUUCCUCCUCGACGCCAACGAGCGCGAGCGCGACCGCUACGCGGCCGACCAGCAGCGCAUCCUCUCCGAGUGCGCCGCCGUGCGGGCCGACAACGCGCGGCUCCGCGAGAAGCUCGACGCCGCGCGCGCCACGCUGGCGCAGCGCAAAGCGUUCGACCGCAUGGCCGACGACAUCACCAACCGCGCCAUGCUCCGCCCGCGCGACGACCAGCGCGUCGCCCUCCGCAAGCUCGAGGACGAGUGCGCGGCGCUCGAGCGCGAGACGGAGACGUAUACCGUCACGUGGGGGGAGCGCCGCGACCAGUUCGCCCGCAUCAUGGACGAGGCGGCGCGGCUGAGGAGGCAGAUCCGCGAUGAGCAGGAGGAGGUCGAGCGCCGCGAGGGCAUGAACGAGGAUGGCGAGGAGGAUGGCGAGGUGUCCCGUGCUGGUGAUGGCACGCCGAGACAUCAUCUCCACCACCAUCCUGGUUCUGGGAGCAGGGGGAACACACCCCGGCCGGACGGGGAGGCGGGGACGCCCAGGCCGACGGGUACCAGCGGGGGAAGGACGCCGCUGCGGGAGAGCCAGCAGACGGGGGAGGGGCAGGGGGAGGACGGUCCCAAACCACGUGGUGAGGGCCCCGAGAGCCAGCCCGAGAACAACGACGAGGGCGAGAUUGAGGAGGGCGAGGAUGUCGAGAUGGAAGAGUCGGCACCGAGGACGACAAGGUCACAGGCGCGGAUUCGAGAAGGCACCCCUCGGAUUACGGUGGCUGCACCGCAAGGCAACGAUGGCCGCAUGGAGGUUGAUGACUGAAGAAAGGAAGGUGGGACGCAGAAAGAUUUGUUGGUUGGAAACAUGGGGAGACGGUGAUUGUUCUGUUCGUUCCAACCGACAGGCAACACACUGCAGAGACAGAUACCCAGCGAAUUUAUAGACGGCAUAACGACGACCUACGAGUCGCGUUGAUUCAUUAUGGUUGUCGGUAUCCUGGCCUUUCUCUAGCUCCCCUUUUUGCAACUGAACGUGACAUUAACGUUGACGCUGCCUUUCUCGUCCCCCUCUCCUUUCUGUCCCCUCUUUUCGCUAUUGUAGUCGUAACCUCAUCC